AUGGACCAUUCCGUCAUAGCCGAUUGGUAUGGCGGCCAAAAUAUUUUCAUCACCGGCGCUACUGGAUUUAUGGGAAAAGUCCUCAUAGAAAAACUGUUGAGGUCCUGUACGAAUGUAGCCAACAUCUAUAUACUAGUAAGACCGAAAAAGGGGAAGGGAGCCAAACAAAGAAAAGCCGAAUUCAUAAAUUGUCCUGCCUUCGAAUCGCUCAAAAACUCUCCCAACAGUACAGAAAUUUUCGAAAAAUUGAAAUGCCUGAGCGGAGAUGUAUGUCAGGAAAACUGCGGCUUAUCGCCAGAAGACCAGGAGCUCUUGAAAACCAACGUAACUGUGGUCUUCCACAUGGCUGCCAACGUACGUUUCGAUCAACCCAUCAAGAACACCAUCACCGCCAACACUGGUGGCACCCUCAACGUUCUAGAAUUGGCCUGCAACUUCCAGAAACUCAAGGUGUUUUUGCACGUUUCCACCUCGUACUGCCACUGCAACGUUGCCAAGCUGGAGGAGAGGUUGUACCGCAGCCCGCAGGACCCGAGAAGGAUGCUGCAGCUCGCAGAAUGGAUGGACGACGAGAUGCUGCAGGCGUUGACCCCGGUGCUGCUCAAGAACUCUUCACCCAACACCUACGCCUACACCAAGUGCCUUACGGAGCAGCUGGUAUCGGAGUACAGAGAAAAGUUGCCCAUUGUUAUUGCGAGGCCCUCUAUAAUUAUUGCCGCUUACAAGGAACCCAUACCAGGGUGGAUUGACAACAUCAAUGGACCCACAGGCAUCCUGAUAGGGGCCGGUAAAGGCGUUAUAAGGACCAUGCAUUGCAAUGAGUCUAUGAGUGCUGACGUUGUGCCAGUGGAUAUGGUCAUCAACAGCGUGUUGAUAGUAGCCUGGAAAGUAGGCUGUGAACCCAGAAAGUCUGAGGUUGAGGUCUACAAUGUCACCGCCAAUAGGGACGAUCCGAUCAGUUGGGGCCGAGCCAUAGAACUGGGCAGAAAAUACUUUGCCGAUUACCCGUUCAGCGUGUGCUUGUGGUAUCCUGGAGGCAGUGCGAAAUCCAGCUACUUUGUGCACGUAAUCGCUGCAUUCUUUCUGCACAUCAUUCCCGCUUACCUGGUAGACGCCUUGAUGACGUUAACAGGAAAUAAACCAUUCUUGGUGAAGCUCCAAAAACGGAUCGAAAACGGACUCAGUGUGCUUCAGUAUUAUACCACCAGGGAGUGGUAUUUCCACAACGAGAAAUUCGAAAAACUGUACGAAUCGCUGGGCAGUACGGACAAGGAGUUGUUUUACACUAACAGGGAGGCACUGAAGUACGACAAGUUCAUGCUGGAUUAUAUACUGGGCGCUAGAAAAUACUGUGUCCACGAAAACGAGGAUACUCUGCCGACUGCCAGGAAAUUGAAUAGAAGAUUAUUCUACUUAGAUGUGCUGAUGAAUAUAGUGCUAAUAGGUUUAUUUUUGUGGGCAUUGUAUAGUUUUGUGACGACCUUCUUUGUA